AUGCCGCAGCGGUACGUGGUUGUGCUGCUGACUGCAGCAUGCACGACGGUGUGUUAUAUCGAACGCGUGGGCUUCAGCGUGGCCUACUCGUUAGUAGCUAAUCGCAACCACGUGGAUCAGGCCACCAAGGGUUGGGUGCUCUCGGCGUUUUAUUACGGAUACGCCCUUUCCCAGGUGGGUGUCUUGCGAAUGCGCCCUGUUUCAGCCGUCACACUCAUCCCAUCUCCACACGUCAUCACCUCCCAGGAAGAACCGCUGCUCCCUUCCCCUCCGCUCUCCUUCUUCCCAGCAGCUCCGCCGCACAGCGCUUUGGAGGCAGACGAGUCAUCACAGUGGCCUUCUCUUCCUCGCCUGGACCGUUCUCUCCCUCCUCACUCCUUCCCACCCCUCCUUUUGAGUCGACUUAAAAGCAGCUCCGCCGCACAGCGCUUUGGAGGCAGACGAAUCAUCACAGUGGCCUUCUCUUCCUCGCCUGGACCGUCCUCUCCCUCCUCACUCCUUCCCACUCCUCCUUCGCCCCCCUCUUACUUCCUAAUCUCCUUCCAGGUGCCUGGUAGUUCUGCAGCGCAACGCUAUGGCGGCCGGAGGGUGAUCACAGUGGCCUUCCUCGCCUGGACCGCCCUCUCCCUGCUAACUCCCUCAAACCCGACCUCCUCCUCCCUCACCUCGCCCUCCCUCCUCGCGCUGCUCCUCAUCCGCUUCCUAGUGGGCGCCACGCAGGGCUUCAUCUUCCCCUCCAUCCACACAGUGCUCGCCCUCUGCAUCCCUCCCCAUGAAAAAUCCCGAGCCGUCAGCCUCACAAUGUCGGGGAUGUAUCUGGGGGCCGGGGCGGCUAUGUCUCUCAUGCCGGCUGUAGCGGCAAGGGAGGCGCCCUGGGGCGGGCCGGCCGCGGUGUUUCGGUGGUCAGCUGGGCUGGGGUUGAUGUGGGUGGUGCUGUGGGUGCGGCUGUUUUCAAAGGAUCCGCCUGGAGGAGGGGGGAUGGGAAGAGGGAGCGGUGGUGGUGGUGGUGGCAGUGCUAGUGAUGGGAACCCGCUGUCUCCCCGUUUGCCUGGAAGUAAGCACGAUCUCCUACAGGAUGAUGAUGUGAAAGACAGUGCGGCUUCUCAGUGA